AUGGAACAAGAAGAGGUUGUCGAGGCUGAGAAAGCAUUAUGGUCGUGCUUGGAUGCAAUAGUCCUUCAAUGGAUUUAUGGUUCGAUCUCCACUGAUUUCUUGCACACAAUCUUGGAACUAGAUAAAACUAUACAACAAGAAUGGGAACGAUUGCAAAACAUUUUCCAAGAUAAUAAAACUGCUUAUGCCAUUUACCUAGAAAACCAAUUCACUCAUGCUCCGAUGAAUGAUUAUCCUAACAUCUCAGCCUAUUACCAAGAAUCCAAAAUGCUUGCUGAUCAACUCUCUAAUGUUGGUGCACUGAUUUCAAAUCAAUGGUCAGUUCUUCAGUUAACUGCGAGUUUAAAUGAGAACUACAAUGGUGUUGCUACAUUCAUUCAACACAGUGAUCCUUUACUGCCUUUUUACGAGGCACAAUCUGUCAGUCCCUUGGGCGGCCGGCUAGAGGGGGGUGAAUGA